UCUUACUUAUUCCCUUUCUGUGCUUUGCUCUGAGUUUUUGGGCCUGCCUGUAUUUGGGGGCCAGUUCAAGGGGUUCGACUCGGAACGUGCAAGGGAAUCUUUCAGAGUCUUGAAGAGCGAGUGAGAGAUAGGCUGUAUAAGCACCCCAUCUAUCAACUGCCUUGUGUUUAUGAAUAGCAAGGAUGAACCAACUGUGGGAGCCCUGCUUGUAGUUACUGCUACCAUAAUCACAGGCCGCCUGUAGCCACUAGUGUGUUUUAGGGUCCUCAUGGGAGUUUCUGCACGGUCUGGAACCAGGUGUGUGACAGAGGCUCACACUUCACUGCCCGGAUUCUCUCCUGUUUUUGCCCUGGUGUGGCAUGUAGUGACUGAUCUUGGUACUCCAGAGGAUGGUCUUCCAGCUGUGGAGAUUAAUUUAGCCUAAACAAUAAAGGUUCCAAGCAAAGUCGAAUUAUUCUGAGUCCCUAGGAUUUAAAUGCAUAGGGAUAAACCUCCUAGGAAUAGAGAGAGAGGAAGAUGCCCCAGGGAGCAGGAAUCAGUUCCAGAGGAGGGCAAGCCUAAUCUCAAAGUCUCCCUCCAGAGCUUCAGAGUAGAAUUGAAUGAUUUACACAAAGAAGCAGAUCACCUAAUGGAUCUGAAAACUCCAUGUUUAUCUCAUCUGAAACAGUGAAUAAGGAGGAAGUCAUAGCAAUAACAGGACGAAGUAGAGAAGCUGAUUGUGGAUUAUCUGACCAUUGAAGUUGAGCAAGAAGCCAUGACUACUGAGGAUGCUUCUCUGCCCCAAAAACAGAGCACAGAAGAAAUGGAAUCUGCUGUUGAGCUCCUUCCUGUUAAGUUCCAGGAGUUGGUGACAGUUGAAGAUGAGGAAAUGGACUUCACCCAUGUGCAGGUGGAACAGCUGAAUUCUGCCCAAAGGUACAUGGGUGUGGAUAUGAAGAUGGAGAAUUGUGGAAGCCUGGUAUCUUGGGAUUCUCAAUGUAUACCUGAAACUAAAGUGUCCCUUUCAAAGCAGGAAGUUUAUGAAGAAGUAUCAUCUGAAAGGGAGCUGAUAGUAGAAAGACUUAAAAAGGAUGAUUCCUGGGACUCCAGAUUGAUAGAAGCCUGGGAAUGUGAAGGCACAUUGGAAAGGCAGCAAGGAAAUCAGAAGAAAGAUUUAAGGCAAGUCAUAAUUAAACACAAGAAAACCCCUAAGGAAGAUUGUAAUGAUAUGGGGGAAAGUUCAAUCCCAGUUAAAUAUCAGAAGGUUUACUCAGUGAAAAAGCCUUGGAAGUGCAAUGAGUGUGGGAAGUCCUUCACUUACUACUUAGCCUUUAUCCUACAUCAGAGAAUUCAUACAGGAGAGAAGCCCUAUGUAUGCAAUGAAUGUGGAAAGGCCUUCAGUCGGAGCUCAUCACUUAUUCAGCAUCAGAGAAUUCACACUAGAGAGAAACCCUAUGAGUGUAACGAAUGCAGGAAAGCUUUCAGUCAUUGCUCAACCCUUAUUCAACGUCAUAUCAUUCAUACUGGAGAAAAGCCCUAUGAGUGCAAUGAAUGUGGGAAGGCCUUCAACCAAAGUACCUACCUUAUUCACCACCACAGGAUACACACUGGAGAGAAACCCUAUAAAUGCAAAGAAUGUGGGAAAGCUUUCAGUGACACCUCAUCCCUUAUUAAACAUCAAAGACUUCAUACAGGAGAAAAAUGCUAUGGAUGUAAAGAGUGUGGGAAAGCCUUUAGUGACAGCUCAGGCAUUACUCAACAUCAGAGAACUCAUACGGGGGAAAAGCCACAUGAAUGUAGCAAAUGUGGGAAAGCUUUUAGUUACUGUUCAGCUGUCAUUCAACAUCAAGGAACCCAUACUGGGGAAAAGCCUUACAAAUGUAAUGAAUGUGGGAAAGCUUUUAGUGACCGCUCAGCUCUUUUAAGACAUCAGAGAAUUCAUACUGGAGAGAAACCUUACAAAUGUAAAGAAUGUGAGAAAGCCUUCAGUCAGAGCUCUUCCCUUACAAAGCAUCUGAGAACUCAUUUUGGAGAGAAACCGUAUAAAUGUAAUGAUUGUAACAAAGCCUUUAGCCAGAGUUCAUCUCUUAUUCAACACCAGAAAAUUCAUACAGGAGAAAAACCCUACAAAUGUAAGAAAUGUGAGAAAACCUUCAGUGUGUGCUCAGCCUUUCAUCAAUAUAAAGAAAUUCAUGAUGAAUGGAAUGCAGUGAAUUCAUGAAAUAAUUAAGUAUUUUCUCCUGAUUGUAUAGACCUGUUCUAAAUAUUACAGGGUAUAUUACAAAAACAUGAGGCUGUGUCACACAAAAAAUAGCCCUGUUCCUGGAAAUGUUAUUAGAUAUGGAAGAGGACAAGAGAUACAUGUGGAUAUCUCAGUUACAAAAUCAGAAUAGCUGAAGCAGUGGAGAAGAGAAUUUCUAGGGAAGUACAGAAGGAGAAGGUCUAGUUUAGUCAGAGAAACAGAAUAAAGAGCUAAGCAUCUAUAUCAAUAGGAAAACUAAUCAGAGGAGCAGACUGAGCAUUACUUGAGGCUGAUAACUCUCUAAAUAGUAGUUUCAACCUGAAACCAAAGUGGGGAGGAUCAGGAUCCCAAAGAGGAAAAUUACCAGGAGGUUUCUCUAGGGAAAUAAAAAGGAAAAAAUCUAAGCCCAGAAAAUCCUCCUUUCUCUGUCCCUACACUCCGCUUGUUCACUCGCACAUUUGCAGAUAUUUAAACCAGUGAUUAUUAACCCUGUAUGCACAUUGAAAUCAUCUGGGAAGCUUUAAAAAAAUACCUGGAUCCCAGCCUCAGAGAUUCUGAAAAUUGGACUGGGGUGUAGCUUAGGCAUCAGGAAUUUUUAAAACUUCUCAAGUAGUUCCAACGUGCAGCCCAGAUUAAGAACCACUGAUUCAGACUCUUUCUGCACAAAGAUCAACUUAAUAAGAUAGGAGGGUUACAGGCAGCCGAAAGGAUAAUGACAGUCUACAUUAGCUCUCAAGAGCUCUUUGUGUCCUUGUUGCUGCUUUUUCUUUCUCUUGCUAAUUAUAUAACGUCAUCUUUUUGGCCUGAUUUUGGAUCCUUCUGCUUGGACCUUUUUUGUUUUUUCUGUCUUUGUGUGAACUGACCUGCCUGAUACUGACUUCUGCUCUGACCAUGAAUCUUGCUAAAUGUGCUCCUUGAAGCCUGGUUAUAGCUUUCUCAACCAUUUCUACCUACCAGGGUCAUAUAUUGUGCUUGCUACCCAUGGCUCAGUGGUAGCAAAAAUUACCUGUAAUAAAUAAGUUGAGGAGGACCUGAAGACCAGAAAUUAGGAGUGAAGACAGAGUGACGGGAAAGGACUUUCAAAGAGGUAAACUUUUGACUCCAACUGUAUAGUUUGUAUCUUAGAAUUUCCAGAAAUUAUAAUAAAAUUUAGUUGCGUGCAUAAAUUAAUACUGAAUUUUAAGGGAUGUAGGUGGGAGGAAGUGUAAAUCAGGAAUGUUCCUGUAUUUAACAUGAAGUACAAUAGUAACUCUAAGGAGAUUAUGAGAAGUUACAGAUGAUAUCAUGAUCCCUAUAGAACAUCCAUUAACAGAUAAUGCAAGUAGAGGAAUUUAGUUACAUACUAAAAAGUGUUUAACCCAAAAGAAGGCGGGAAAGGAGAAAGAGAGAAGCAAAGAAAGAUGAGACAAAUAGUAAACUGAUAGCAAAAUGGUAGACCUAAAUUCAACCAUGUGAGUAAUUACAUUAAAUGUAAAAGAGACACCUCUGAUAAAACUCAGAGAUUGUCAGACUGGAUAAAGAAGCCUAACUCAACUAUAUCCAAAAGAGGCACACUUUAAAUACAGAAACACUUACAGGUUGAAAGUUCAAAAGAUGAACAAGGAUAUACAUUGAAAACACUAGGCAUAAGAAAGUUGGAGUUGAUAUAUUAAUAUCAGAUAAAAUAGAAUUCAAGAAGAGGGAUAUUAUCGUAGAUAUAGAAGGACAUUUUAUAAUUAUAAAAGGGUCAAUUCAUCAAGAUUAGUAAUUGUUAUAAUGUGUA